AUGCCAGGAAUGGGGCCACCUAGUGGGCCUAGUACUGGGCCGCCUAGUCAGCAAGUAGUGAUACAACAGAGUCCAUCAGCGACACCUACCACACCGGUUCAGGUCACGCAAAGUGGUAGUCAAGUUCAGGUAAAUAUCAAGCCGGAAACGUCAGGUCGAACUUUAAUUAGUGUAUAUCAUCGAUUUGGUGAGUCUCCAAAUGGAGAUGAAGCUUUCAAUGGAGAUGCAAAGGACUCAGUCCCUCCGGAGCCAACACCCACGCAGCAGCAGCAAUAUCAGGAUUCUCAACAAAUGAUGUCGCCACCUUCUCAGCAUCAUCAACAGCCGCAACAGAUACAGCAACAGCAACAUUUGCAACAAAUACCUGCUCCACAACAACAACAGCAACAUCAUAUGAUUCCACCCCAUCAGCAAGUUCAACCACCGCCACAGAUGCAACCAUCACAGCUCCAUCAACAACAGCAACCAACGAUGCCUGUUAAUGGAAUGGAUAAUGGUUUCCAAAAUAAUGGCUUGGUUCAUGCACAAGGUGUUGUGGAAGCUAUGGGACAGCAACAAUUACCUCAAGCAGCACAGCAGCCACCACAGCAACAGCCGACUCCGCCUGCUGUAAGUGUAGAACAAAAACCUGUGGUAUACAAUCCGUAUGCCGAUGUUCAACCUCAAGCCGAACCAAGGAAGUCUGUGGAUGAGGCUGAAAAGAAGCCAGAAAUCCCUCUGCCGAAAGUCGAAGUUGUUCCACCAUCGGAAGAAGCAGAUAUCAAGCCAGCACGAAUUGUUCCAGAACCCAUCAUCCAACCUUCUGCCCAGUUAUUCGACGACAGGUGAGG